AUGGCCAAUAAUAAAAAUCCAAAAAUUCGGCAGCCUCAACAGCCGAAUAUACAGCGGAAGCAGAAGCAGAGGCAGCCAAAGCAGCGCCAGCAAUCGGUACAGUUACAAACGCUUGCACAACAACAGCAACAAUUACAACCGUUGCUGGCACAACAACAACAGCAGCAACAACAGCCAAUGCCAAUGCCAAUGCCAAUGCAAAUGCAAAUGCAAGCAAUCCCUAGCAAUGCAAAUAAUAUCAAUCCUAAUCUUAAUAAGAACAAAAAGAAAAAGCUAAUCAAAAAACGCAAACGCACUGAUGGACAAUUGUUGUUGUUACAGCCGAUGCAACAGCUACAGCCGAUGCAACAGCAACAGCAACAACAACGGCAACAACAACAACAACAACAACUGCUACAGCAACAACAGCCGGUUGCAAGCACAUCAGCUGCGUUCGCUAUUAACAGCAACAACAUUGUCAAUAUGGCAAAAAAUGCCAAAAAAUCUAAACCCACUCACACAAUCCCCACUAUCAAUACUUUGGAUCCGCGAGCCAGAUGGGCACAGAUCCAAAAACUCCAGCAUCAACAACAACAACAGCGCCAACUUAAUCAAACUGGCUUGAUAUUGAGUCGCGAACAAAUAGUUUCGACUCAAUGUCAAAUGCUAGAAAAUUUGUCUAAACGGCGUCAAGUUGCCACUGCCACUGUCCAACAACAACAACAUCAACAGCCUGUGCCUAUGCAGGUGGAUGAUGGGCAGCGGCAACAACAACAACAACAGCUAGAACAACUAGAACAACAUCCGCAACAACAGCAGUCCGUAAACGAUCAAAACAAUCGAAUGCUCCUUGAAAUGGCGCAAAAACAACAAGAACAGUUAGAUAAGAUGAUGGGCUGGAUGUCCAUAAUGCAGCAACAAAUGCAGGGAGUGCUUCGCCACGGUGAUGACUCCACACUGCCUGCUGCAUCCACAUCCAAUUCAAAUUGA